UUCUCGGUAAAAUCCGGAGCGCCGUGGGGAGUGCCCAGCUCCUCAUGUCCCAGAAAUUCCAGCAGUUUUAUUGGCUGUGCCAACAGAACAUGGACCCCAGCGCCAUGCCAAGACCUACGUCGCAGGACCUGGCCGGGUACUGGGACAUGCUGCAGCUGUCCAUCGAGGAUGUCAGCAUGAAGUUCGACGAGCUGCACCGGCUGAAGCUCAACGACUGGAAGCUGGUGGAGUCGCCGGAGAGAAAGGAGGAGAGGAAGGUACCCCCGCCAAUACCAAAGAAGCCCCCCAAGGGGAAAUUCCCCAUCGCCCGAGAGAAGUCUCUGGACCUGCCCGACAGGCAGCGCCAGGAGGCCCGAAGGCGCCUGCUGGCGGCCAAGCGCGCCGCCUCCUUCCGGCAGAACUCGGCGGCCGAGCGUGCGGACAGCAUAGAGAUCUACAUCCCCGAGGCGCAGACGCGGCUCUGA